AUGCAAUUGGUCUUUCCUGACCUUAAAGCCGAUUUUGACUCUCUUCAUCGAAGCCAUCUUCUCAAAACGCUUCGCGCCGACAGAGUAGCAGGAAAGUUCGUUUGUAUACCUGAUGGCAUGAAUCAGCGAACAACUGCUGCAGUCCGAACGGACGCUGUAGGAGAAAGGGGAAUCAAGGUGGAUGAACAACCGAUCGAACUCGUCAAUGAGUAUUAUUACCUGGGCUGUAUGCUGAACAACAACGCAGGAGCAAGAAAGCUAUCUGUUAUUUGUUCCACCACGAUGUACGGAGCAGAGACUUGGGCAGCACCGUCUACGGCAAUGGAGAUUUAA